AUGCUUCGUGCAAAGUUGUUCGUACUGUUUAUGAUCCUUCACAGCCUGGUGCUAUCUUCUUCUGCAAAGCCACCCGACAAAGGAGCUAAAAAAAUAUCAUUCGAAAAGGAAAACAAACAUGAUACUGAACCAAACACGAAUAAUGGAAAGAAAGGUAGUUUUGCAACCAUCAAGGAUAUAAAACAUAAACUCGCAAUCGCCAAAGAAGAACUGAAAGACCACAGCCAAGAAGAUGCUAAAAGCACGCUGAAGGAGUUGGAAAAAGACUCUAAAACUGAAAUACCUGAGAAGAAUUCGAGCUUUAGGCAUCAUAAUUAUGAAGAAAUGACAUGGCUUUUAAAGGAGUAUUCCAGAAAAUAUAGCAAAAUAGCUCGUUUGUAUGACAUUGGUACCUCGGUGCAGAACCGCAAAUUGUGGGUCAUGGAAAUCUCCAAUAACCCAGGGAAGCACGAGCCAGGGGAGCCAGAAUUUAAAUACGUCGCUAACAUGCACGGGGAUGAGGCAGUAGGAAGAGAGAUGCUUCUUCAUUUAAUUAGGUAUCUUUGCAAAAACUACGAAGUCAACGAGAGAGUCACUAACAUUGUGGACACGACUAGAAUCCACAUUAUGCCGAGUAUGAAUCCUGACGGAUACGAGAUGGCUGCUACAUUCGCUGAUGGGGAAGACAGCUGGAAAUCAAGCCGACCUAAUGCUAACGGUAUCGACUUGAAUCGUAAUUUUCCAGAUCAGUUUUUUCCAAGCACCAACGGGCCACCCCAACCGGAAACCCGCGCUGUCAUGAAGUGGAUCAAUUCUAUUCCUUUUGUGCUGUCAGCCAGUUUGCAUAGUGGGGCUCUCGUGGCAAAUUACCCGUAUGAUGAUAAUCCCUCGGGACAGAGCGUGUACAGCGCCACGCCUGAUGAUGACGUAUUCAGACAGAUUGCACGUGCGUACUCAGAGGCACAUCCCACAAUGCAUUUAGCAAACGCACCUUGGAAAUGCAAAGAGAUUCCGCGGGAGCAUUUUAUAGACGGAAUAACAAAUGGUGCCAAGUGGUUCAGCGUAUCGGGAGGAAUGCAAGAUUACAAUUAUGUGCACUCUAACUGCUUUGAUAUUACGCUUGAACUCGGUUGUCAGAAGUUUCCUAAUGCAAGCGAACUGCCAGAAUACUGGCAGGAGAACAAAGAAGCGCUCCUCAGUUAUAUAGAGCAGGUAUAUCAAAAAUGAUAAUCCAUAGAUUAUUAAUUUUAAGGAUUUUAAAAUAGGCUUGUCGCAGCGUGCUAUAGGGACAGGGGGGUGAUCAUAAAUUUUCUUUCUUAGGCUUAAAGAUCGCUUCGGAGAAGACUACCGCUAAAUUUAGCGUGUAUGAUUUAAUCCGUCAAAGAUAAUGAGGGAACUGAGAUGAGACAAAGCAAACUAAGGGAGAUGGGGUGAGGCUAAAAGAGAAUGAGGGGAGGGGGGGCGUAAAUGUCACUCUUGACAAUCUAUUCCACCUUGUCUACGGAAUUAAGAUUUCUGACACGCUCAGCGCGGAAGCCAACUUCGCGCUCGCCUGUCAGUCAGAAGUAAAGUUGACAAAAUAUCCUUAUAGAUUAAUUUACUGUGAAUUCAAUAUGAGUUACCUCUCGGUUGAUUUAUAAAGUAUUCGCUUAUCAUUAGGUCCAUACUGGUGUACACGGUUUUGUUAAAGAUCAAGAUGGUAACCCAGUGGACGAAGCCAGAGUAGCUGUUUCAAAUCGCCGCCAUGAUGUGUUCUCCGCGAGUGACGGCGACUUUUGGCGAUUACUAGUACCAGGCUCUUAUGACAUCACGGUUUCGGCCAAAGGAUUUGAACAGGAAACCAAAUCAUGUACAGUACUGCCUAAUAAACCCGCCAAACUCAACUUCACUCUGACCAGGAUGAGAAUGAGAGAACCCAGGCAUCAGUUGCAACAACAAGACACUUGGCCUCGAGACCGAGUUUCACACGGUGGAGGAUUCAGGGAUACACACGAAAAUGGUCUGAGCCAGAGCAGGGGCAUGCGCAGAGGGCUUGAUGACGAACGUGCCGAUGACUUUGAUGAUAAGCGUAGAGGGAUGUCGUAUGAUGGAUUUGGACAAAGUGCACGAAUCUUUCCUCACCCUAAAUGAGGAUCCUUAAAAAGAUGCAUAACUUUCUGUUAAAAAAAUAAUUUCUUCCACAAUGUUUCUACCCAAAUCGGUUCUAAUAUAUACACCCAUAUAAAACACUCAAUUUUCCGGGAACGUCUAGUCUUAUCAUACCGUUCGUCUGUAUCGUAUUUCGAAUCCCAUUGAAACACAAUUUUCUAAUGAAUGUGACAUCCCUUAUCAUCAUUCUUGCCUCUGAGAUAAUUUAGCUUAUUUUAAGGAUUUUAUUGCUAUUUAGUCACGAUCCAUAAUAAUUUUGUGAAAGAAUAUUUCGGCCAUCGUUUAUCCUCCAACGAAUUUGUUAAUGAUGUUGUUCUUAGUUCAAAGUCGAAUUGUGUUUUACGCCGCGCGAAAACUGGUUUCGACCUAACAAGUCAGAGUUUUUAUAUCUGCUUUUCCCCAGUUUCCGCACCUACGCUUUUUUUCCAUCUCACUGACUAUCAGCUACAUUCUCCGGGUUAGCUUUUGCCUACCGUUAUAGCUUUCCGUUGAAAGUUCCCAACUACUGGCGUCCUUUACAAUGGCUUGUUAUACUUUGUUACCCAUAACUCUCAGCGUUUACUCGCCAUUUGAGAUCUGGGUACGAAAAAAAGGAUUUAAAUUAAAGUGAAAUGCUUGCAUAUGAAGCAGAUGACGGGCAUAUAUUUUUGUUCAAGAAAAAAUAUGUUAGCCGUAAGACAAUGAAAUAAUUUUUAAAACUAAUCAAAGUGUAUUUUAGAAUUGUAGUUUCCCAGCUUAAAAAAUGUUCCCUUCACUUUAAGAGAGCUCAUUAGAUCAUAAAACAUUAAUUUCCUUCACCUCUACGAAACGUUUUCUUUAACAAAAUAAAGAUUACUUACUUGAAAAAAU